GAAUUUUGAGUUUAUAUCUCACAAUUCUGUGAAAAAGAGUCAGAAUUUUUUUUUAUUCAGUGGCGGAAAUGGGCUUCCAUACCUUCACACUCUCUCCCUUUCCCAUUUGACUAUUUUCUCUUCCUCUUAAAUGUCUCCACCCCUUACUUUAUCUCUCCUUUUCAUUUCUGACACCAGGAGGCGUAUUUACUCUCUGUCUAGGUCUUUAACCCUGUUCCUGGUGACCCACUGUCCUGUAAAGUUUGUUUCCAACCUGCUUCAGCACACCGGACCUCUGACUUUUCAAGUGAUCCUGAAGACCUUGUUUAGCUUUAACCGUUAUAUUUCUGGAUCAUGUUGUAAAUGUGUUGUAAAUGUGCAUAAGCUGUCAGUUAACUAAAAUAGUGUUCAUAUUAGUAAAAGAUGUUGACUUUUACAUUUAAAACAAAACAAAAAAAUGAACUCAAAUUACACUAGUAUACAUUAGUUUUAAAUAAUAAGAAUAUAAAAAAAACUUAGUAUAUAAAGAUUAUAAAAAAGCUAAUCAUCAUUUACGGCUGUGACAUAAACUAAAGCCUGGCCUAAAGGCUAAUUUUUAAAGGGAUAAGCGCUUCAUUAUGGCCAUGUGAUUUGAUAUAUUAUGUAAUUUAUAAAUGUCCAUGAGUUCCCAAAUACUAUUUGGGCCACUGUACAUAAUGAUCUUAUGUAUUUAAAUAAGUUAAUAACUUUAAAUGAAUGCAUAAUUUAUGUUAAUAUGCUGGAUAUGCCCACAACAGUCUGUCUGGAGCAGCCAUGUCCGCCCUCCUGUUCACGUCAGUUCAGGGUGAACGCCCACUGACAGAUGUUGGGAAACACUUCGUUUAAGUAUGUUGACUGUUUUUUAGGGGAAAAGAGGGCUGGACAUGAUGAUGCACACAGAGCGUGAAAAUGAAAGUGCAGAAGAAGGAGAGAGCGGGCUAUGUUUUAACACUUCUCAUCAUGAUCGUUUUUUGUGUUAUUGUCCUUCUCUUUCCUGUGUGCGGGUCCAUGCUGUCAGCUGGAUGGGUGCAAUCACCUGGACAUCCACGAGGGUAUGAUCCCUAUUCCAACCUGACUUGGAAGAAGUGUGCUUCGACCGGUCACAAAAUCACACUCACUCUCAUACAUUUGGACCUAGAAGAAAGCUAUGAGUGUGAGGAUGACGCCUUGAAGUUAUUUGCAGAUGAGGUGCUUCUUUUCACUCUGUGUGGACGGAAGUCCAUGAAGGAGCUGCAGGCGUCUGUCAAUCCUUUCCUCCACUCUUCCUCUGGUGGUUGUCUCUCUGUUUUAUUUCUCGCAGACUACUCAAACACUGAGAGACACACUGGAUUUCGAGGCUUUUACACCAUACAGGAUGUUGAUGAGUGUAAGGACCCUCAAAAUGAGUGCACCCAACUCUGCAAUAACUACAUUGGAGGUUAUCGCUGUUUCUGCAGACCAGGUUACAUCCUUGACUCUGAUAAGCACACCUGCCAAGUUAGCUGCAGUGAAGAUCACACAGGCUCUCAAGAAGGUGUGCUGAUGUCACCUGACUGGCCCGAGCCGUACCCUGAAAACUCUGUGUGUUUUUACACUCUGGCUGUAGAGGAAGGUCUGCAGUUUGAGCUUACGUUUGUGGGGGUAUUUGAUGUUGAGAAAGAGAAUGGACAGUGCAUCGACUCAUUAACUAUAAAACCUCUCUAUGGUGGCGUUCAGACAUUUUGUGGAAGGGAUGUCCCUCCAUCCCUUCUCACAAGGUCACAACGUGUUGAGAUUAUCUUCAGGACAGAUUAUAAAGGAGCAAACCAAGGGUUUAGCCUCAGUUACAAAACGAGAGGGAUGAAAUGUACUGGACCUGUGACACCAAAAUCUAGUCUGAACCCGCAGCAUGCUGAAUAUCCCACUGGCUACAAAGUUACAGUGAAAUGUGACAAAGGACAUGUAUUGAAAUCACAUGAAUCAGCUAAGGUUGAGUAUGAAGCCACAUGCCAGAAGAAUGGACAGUGGAGUCCUGUUAUCCCCUGUGAACCUGUGGAUUGCGGCAUUCCAGAGCUUCCUGAAUUAAUGGAGCUAUCAGAAAAAGAUCCUUCAACAACUUAUCUGAACCAAAUCAGUCUUAAGUGUGAAAAUGAAUAUUAUCAACUUGAUAAAAAUGGCAAUUUGACCUGUAAUGCUGAUGGCAACUGGGUGUCUGAGAGUGGUCAAAUAUUAACAAAAGAUUUGCCUAAAUGUGAAUCAGUGUGUGGAAUUAAUACAGACGCCUCUUUCGGUGGAAGAGUCUUUGGUGGGAAGCCAGCGUUAAUUAAACAGAUUCCAUGGCAGCUCUUUCAUAAGAAAAGUCCCAGAGGUGGUGCAUCUUUAAUCAAUGAUUACUGGGCUUUAACAGCAGCUCAUGUAGUGGAUGGAUACGAAACAACCACCAUGAAUUGGUUAGGGGCAAUAGUUGAUGGUAAAAGCGAAAACCCAGUCUCUAUGGAGACUGAGAAGAUCAUAAUUCACCCAAAUUAUCAAAAAGUUGGUAGAGAUUCUCCAUCUAACUAUGAUAAUGAUAUUGCACUCAUCAAAAUGUCUACCAGGGUGCCUAUAGGUCCACACAUCAGGCCAGUGUGCCUCCCAGAGAAAACAAAUGAACCUGUGAAGGAGGGCACAAUCUCAGGUUUUGGAAGAAUUAAAGACGAAAAAAUUAGUAAAUAUCUGCUUUAUGGACAUGUCCAGAUAUAUCCACUUGGUGAAUGUUAUUCAGAGGGUUUGCCUGUCACCGAUAACAUGAUCUGUGCGGGAGGAGACGAAGUAGACAGUUGUCAAGGUGACAGUGGAGGCCCUUUGUUUUCUCCUGUUCUGGGCUAUGGGUCUCCAGACAAGCCUUAUCGUCUUACAGGCAUUGUUUCAUGGGGUCCUAUUGGAUGUGGGAAUAAAAGCCUUAAGGGCUACUAUACUAAAGUCCAGAACUACUUGGAUUGGAUCAAGGAAACCAUGGAGAAAAACUAACAUCAAAGCACUAAAAUAAUAUACACCUACAUCAAUUGUUAACUGUAAAACACAUCAAUAAAGUUACAGUUUGCUGUAUCUGAUUGAUGUGUAUGCAUCUGCUAUUUCCAUGAAUAAUUCAGAAUUUUGAAACUUUUAUGUUGAGUUCUUUUAUACUCACCAAUAAAACCAUUUUCACAUAUAA